CGGCCCGGGGGCGGCGCCGCGCUGACAGGUGGCGCAUGCGCCGUGCCGCCGCAUUGUGCCCGGCCGGCCCAGCCCCGGAGCGCCUCAGUCGGCCGCGGGCCGUCGGCGGGUGCGGAGCUGCUGCCCCCUGCGGCCACCUCCGCUCCCUUCCCCUCCCCGCCCUCUCCCCCCGUCCUCCCUCCCUUCCUCCGCCUUCGCCAUGGAGUAAGGCCCCCGCCGGCCGGACGGGGAGCCCCGCCGCGCCUCGAUGGCUCUGGUCACGGUGCAGCGCUCGCCAACCCCCAGCGCCACCUCCAGCCCCUGCGCCUCGGAGGCAGACAGUGGGGAAGAAGAAUGCCGGUCCCAGCCCAGAAGCAUCAGCGAGAGCUUCCUCACGGUGAAAGGAGCGGCGCUCUUCCUGCCCCGAGGGAACGGCUCCUCCACUCCCAGGAUCAGCCACAGGCGCAACAAGCAUGCAGGGGAUCUCCAGCAACACCUGCAGGCCAUGUUCAUACUGCUCCGCCCAGAAGACAACAUCAGGCUGGCUGUAAGACUGGAAAGCACGUACCAGAACCGCACACGAUACAUGGUGGUAGUGUCUACCAACGGCAGGCAAGACACGGAGGAGAGCAUCGUCCUAGGGAUGGAUUUCUCCUCUAACGACAGCAGCACUUGUACAAUGGGUUUGGUGCUGCCGCUGUGGAGUGACACCUUGAUCCACCUGGAUGGGGACGGUGGGUUCAGCGUAUCAACAGAUAACAGGGUUCACAUAUUCAAGCCAGUGUCCGUACAGGCGAUGUGGUCUGCUCUGCAGAGUUUACAUAAGGCUUGCGAAGUGGCGCGAAGCAACAAUUACUACCCGGGGAGCCUCUUCCUCACGUGGGUCAGUUACUAUGAGAGCCACAUCAACUCCGAUCAGUCGUCGGUCAACGAGUGGAAUGCUAUGCAAGAUGUGCAGUCCCACCGGCCCGACUCACCCGCCCUCUUCACAGAUGUCCCAACUGAGCGGGAACGCACGGAACGGCUAAUAAAGACCAAGUUAAGGGAGAUCAUGAUGCAGAAAGAUUUGGAGAACAUCACAUCAAAAGAGAUACGCACUGAGCUGGAGAUGCAGAUGGUGUGCAACCUGCGGGAGUUCAAAGAGUUCAUCGACAAUGAAAUGAUCGUGAUCCUCGGGCAGAUGGACAGCCCCACUCAGAUAUUUGAUCAUGUCUUUUUGGGCUCUGAAUGGAAUGCCUCCAACUUGGAAGACUUGCAGAACAGAGGGGUGCGGUAUAUUUUGAAUGUGACUCGAGAAAUAGAUAACUUCUUCCCCGGCCUAUUUGAGUACCAUAAUAUUCGGGUGUACGAUGAAGAAGCAACAGAUCUCUUGGCUUACUGGAAUGACACCUACAAAUUCAUCUCCAAGGCAAAGAAAAAUGGUUCGAAGUGCCUGGUGCACUGCAAGAUGGGAGUGAGCCGCUCGGCGUCCACGGUCAUCGCCUACGCCAUGAAGGAGUACGGCUGGAACCUGGACAGGGCCUACGACUACGUGAAGGAGCGGCGCACCGUCACCAAGCCCAACCCCAGCUUCAUGCGGCAGCUGGAGGAAUACCAAGGGAUCCUGCUGGCCAGCAAACAGCGGCAUAACAAGCUGUGGCGCUCGCACUCGGACAGCGACCUCUCAGACCAUCACGAGCCCAUCUGCAAGUCCGGGCUGGAGCUGAACAAAAAGGAGAUCACCAGCUCGGCCGACCAGAUCUCGGAGGCCAAGACCAACGACAACCAGCAGCCCAUGUCUCCCAUCUACUCAGCCGAGCUGGACAGGGAGCAGCAGCUCCCAGAGGAUGCGAACAUGAUCGAGGAGACGUGCGUGAAGGAGAGGAGGAUCCACCUGGAGUUCACGUGUAGGGACUUCCACGCUGAGCAGAUGGAGGACAAGCUGAACCUCAACAACAUCAAUGGCUGUACGGCAGGGUGCUGCGUAGAUUCUGUCCCCACUGAUAACUGCCAUGCUUCCGAGGCCUUAAUGCAGCUCCAGCGCCCCUUGGAAAUAACGGAGUUUCCGGAUUUGACGGUGGACGACCUAGAAAAAGAUGCCCUUAAACCUGAUAUGAACGUGCACUUGGUUCCCAUGGAAGAAUUCACUUCGUGCUUAAAAGACUUCCCCCAGUCCCCAAACCAGAAUUCCCUGAGUCCCCAGCAGAACGCCCAGCCCGAAGUGACAGACCUCAGCACAGACAGGAUUGAUUUCUUCAGCGCUUUAGAGAAAUUCGUGGAGCUUUCUCAGGAGAGCAGGUCACGCACCUGCUCCCACUCCAGGACAGAGGAGCAAGGGAGUGGAAGGAACGGGGUCUCCAGGGUGCCCGCGCUGGAAGUGCCCCCAGCUGCAGACGUGGGUGCGGAUGCUCGGAGGAACAGCUCUGGAAACUCCCCUCAGGCAUCCGAUGACUCUUCCACAGAUGAAGAGCAACAAAAGGAGGUCCCCGAGCUGCCUGGCGCAGGCCAUCUCACGAAGUCCCACUCAGAAAACGCCAUUUCUGUGAAGGAAAUCAUCACAGAGAUCGAGUCCAUCAACCAGGGAGCAGCACCUGCCCAGCAGAAGGAGGCUUCCGCCACCCAGACACCAAAGAGGAACACGGUGCACGACCUGCCGGUGGAGGCAGUUUGGGCGUCGGAAAGGGUGGAGCAGAGCGAGGGAGCCUGCCCUGGACACCAGGAGAAGGAGAGGGAGCAUCUGCAAGCUGAGCGAGACGCUGCCCCCUCGCCGCAGCUCUCUUCCUCUAAACCUGAUGUGGAGGAGAGCAGCCCUGCGGGGGAGCAGCAGAGCGCCAACCCGGAGCCCAAGUGGUGCCCCGGUUCCGUCCGGCGAGCCACCUUGGAGUUCGAGGAGCGCUUGAGGCAGGAGCAGGAGCACCAGCACACGCCCCCGGUCUGCGUCUUACCGACCCGCAAGAAUUCCAGGAACGACUCCGCUGCUGCUGAGCUCUUGCCACGGGGGAAGACGGAUGAGCCACCCCUGGAGCUGGCUCCAGAGGAGGACAGGGCACGGAGCGAGGAGCUGCUGCCUCCGGGGGCAGAGCAGCCUGCAGGCAGGCACCUGCCCGUGCCACGCACCAACCCCGCGCGGGACCCGCUGCCCGCAGAGCCCAGCCCAGGGCAGGACGUGCCAGUGCAAGAACGCAGGACAGUGGUCUCGUUUGAUGGCACGGAAGAGCCAGCACUGCCUUCCCUCCUCCCCAGAAGAAUCGAAAUCAUCGAGUACACUCCCACGGUCAGGGCUGCUGACGCGGGCGGCGAGCUGGCCGCGGCCGUCCCUCCGCUAGAUGAAAACUUGAACCCUUCGUUGGGCUCCGAGAAGGCACCGAUCUGUCCCGGAGCUCUGACGCUGGUAAAUCUGUCACUGCCAGAGCACGCGGUACAAAAGCAAGCCACCUCCACCCGGGGCAGCCCCAGCGAGGAAGGUGGUGGGCUCUCUCUUCACCUCAGUGCUGCUUCCCCCUCUGCCCAGAUGGCCAGUACGCUUUCGGACAGCCCCAGUCGCUCGUCGUACCCCUGUGUAGUUCACCUGGAAGGCGUCACCGAGCAGAGCACGAGCACGGACAACGAGCCAGUGGCGCCAUGUGGCGCUGAGGGAGAUGCAGAUCUCCCGUUCAGGGACAGCAGCCAGCCUCCGUGCCAGGGCAGUGCUGGCUCCUCAAGGCAGCUGAGUGGCGAGGACUUAUCCGGCCACCCUGCCAAAAACAUGGACCUUCUGGACAUCUCCUUCCUGUGCUACAGCCUUCCCCACAGCUCCAGCAGCCACAGCGUGGAGGAGCGCAGCAACAACCCCGGACUGGUCAAGCAGCGGGCAAAGGAAAUAGAAGCCCGGAUCCGGCACGCGGGGCUCACCACGCCUUCCCACAUGAAACGCUCCGCGUCCUUGGCCAAACUGGACUGCCUGGACCUCUCCAAGGACGACUUAUCUGAGAGGCAGUCAGCCUCCUCCAACGCCAACCCCGUGCUUCUCACCUGCGUCGCCCUGGGUCGAGGCUUCCGCGGGGGGAGGCUGGAAGAGGGCUCGGAGAGCCCGCGGGGGAAGCACCGCCACUCCUCCCCGCCCGCCCUCCGGGAUCCCAAACCUGCUCAGCAUUUCGUAGAGCAGCUCAGAACAGCCGAGUGCAUUGCCCAGAGCAAGCCGGUGGAGCGACCGCUGGCUCAGUACGCCAAAGACUGUGGCUCCAGCCAGCAGAGCUUGGCUCCCGGCACGGCUCCGACGUGGACUACCUCCUCGGAGGGUCCUCCGCUGCUCCCGGACUCCUUGUCGGCAGCGCAGGGCCUGGCUGUCGCCCCCCGGCAGCAGCACGGUAGAACUCACCCCUUGAGGAGACUCAAAAAGACCAAUGAUAAAAAGCGGACAACCAAUCCCCUCUAUAAUACGAUGUGAUCCCGAGCCCUCGGCUGCCAUUUCGUACAGAGAACCCGUGUGGUUGCGUUCACGCAAGGGGCAGGUGUAAUAUAAGGAUCAUGCACUUUAUGGGUUAAUUUUAUAUCUAUAUAUUGUCAUUUGACUGUUCCUGGCGCAUGUAGGUGUGGGUUGGUUCUUCUGUGUGUGACUCUGACUGCAGGACUGUUUGUUUUUUUUGGUUUGUUUAAUUUUUUAUUAACUCAGAUAACCUCAAACGUUCUUUUUUUUUUUGUUGGUUUGUUUUAAAAGAACACCCUUAUCCGGCACAGUGCUAUCGGCUCGCUUCGGCAAGGUGGAAUGUUGCUUAGAACCAGGUCCUCGUUUCCGACUUGAAUUUUCCCCGUGCCACGAAAUGGUGCUGGGCAGCUGGCUUCGAGAGCCCACGUAACUGUGAAGGCUGUGCCAAGCCCUCUUUGUUCGGCCUUUCUUUUCUGUCUGCGAACUGGAACUGCACGGUGCUGGCAGGUCUCGUAGGGAGCUGCUCCACGGCCAGCCCCCAGGCUCGGUUCUGCUGGUGAGGAGCGCGCGGGGUGGGCUCCGAGCCCCCCGGCACCUCUCAGCCCCCCUUUUGUGGGGGCACAGCUCCUCCGCCAGCUGCCCCAUCCUCUGUUACCCCAGCCAGAGCUGAGCCCAGGGUGUUCUUCUAAAACAAACGCCCCGUUAGGGUGUGAACCCUUCCAUUACUUGAAUACUGCUGUGGGCCUUCCAAGUUCAUGGCCAUAUCAUCUGUCCUCUGCCCUCCUGCUGCCUCCCCUCCACCCCAAUGCUGGUCUGGUCUCGUGCUGCCUGAGUUUUCCUCUCCCCCUGCCAUGCUCACGGGCACUUCUGUUCCCUUCCCGACCUAGAGGCUGUUAAAAUUGUUACAUGAUGUAUUCCCCUCCUGAAUGCAAAGCUUUGUCCUCUCUGCUGUCACUCCUACCACUCAGCCCGGAGGGAAGAUCUUUUCUGGAAGUCUCUUUUUUUGCCUAAAUU